CGUUAUCAGGCGGAGUGGGAGCACUGCGCUUCCUCCAGCCUGCCUCCAUUAACCAAGUCAUGAGUUGGAGAGUUCCGCGGAGAGCGGCCGUGAAGCCUGACAACUUACCGAGACCGAUCUGACGGCGGCUGCGGGAAUCGAACGACGUGAUCCGGAGCUCGUCUCGGGACCGGACUCGAAGCUUUCCCGGCGGCGGAAGGUGCACCAGAACCCAGCGACGUACGACAUGGAGAAUAAAUAGUUGAGUCUGGAUCCACCUGGAGUAAUGGAGGCCAGUUGGAAGCUUGGUUUGGAGGAGGAGCUUCUCUGUCCGAUCUGCCUGAAUGUUUUUGCCGAGCCUGUCCAGCUGCCGUGCAAACACAACUUCUGCACGAGCUGCAUCUCCGAGGCCUGGGCCAAAGAAGAGACGGCCGUUCGCUGUCCCGAGUGUAACCAUGACUACGACCAGAAGCCCACCCUGGAGAAGAACUUUAAACUAGCCAACAUAGCGAACAGGUUCAACGCGCUAAACACCGACAAAGCCCCAACUCUCUUGCACUGCGUGCUCUGCAGACGAGGACCUCCACUGCCGGUCAGGAAGGUCUGCUUACGCUGCAAGGAGCCGUGUUGCCAGACGCACAUCCAAACACACCUGCAGCUGCCAUCUACAGCUCCGGGACACCUGCUGGUGGACGCAGAGGAGCUGAGUGCGUGGACCUGCCCCACCCAUGAGCAAUACAGGUUAUUCCACUGCACAGAGGAGCAGGUGGCUUUGUGUUUCUACUGCUGCAUCUCCAGCUGUACAAAGAGAGGCCACACGGUCUGCGACGUGGACACACAACAUGUGAACAUCAAGACCAUGCUAAUGAGGCAGCAAAACAAACUGGAGGGUCGUGUGCAAAACAUUGAUGAGCAGAUUACUAAGCUGGAGUCUGACAGGACAGUGAUGAAGGAUGCCGUGUCGGAGCUGAAGGAGUGUUUGAGAGACCAGUACCAGAAGAUGCAUGCGCUUCUGGAGACGAGCCAGACUGACACCCUGAAUGUGCUGGAGAGGUCCUUCCACAAAUAUGUCAGGAAGAACUCCCAGCAGGCCUUGCAGCUCAACAAGCAGCGGCAGGAGGCCAACAAACUGCGGAGCUCAUUGCAAACGUUUGCACAGAGAGCCUACAGCAUCAACAUGAUGAAGAACACAAAACCGUAUCAACUGCUGAGAGACAGGACCAUCUCUCAUCUCAGUAAAACUCUCCAUCCACUUACUAUUGGCAAACUCAACCACCACCAUGUUUUCUCUGACCUCGCAGCCAAAGAGAAUAAUCUGAAAAAAAUCCUGGAAGUGCCAAUCCAAGUGGUGCCCAUUCUGGAGGUUGACCAGUCCCAAAGCAACUCUGUUCAACCAGGGGCCACUUCAGGACACAGCAAAAGGCGGUACGAUGAGAGUAACAUAGAAAGCUCCGCUUCCCGGGAUUCACCAUCACUGCUCUUCAAAAACUCAUUCCUGUCCAAUGGCAGGCUUCAGAGUCCGUCCCUGUUCCCCUCCCGGGGUCUAAUGGAGGACCAUCACAACAGACACGGUCACUUCCUCAACACCUCCACUCACGGUGUAGGUCCAAGCUCCAGUUCUGGCCACCACUCUGGUGCUGUGGUCUCGCACAUUACAGAUGGAGGUGCCUCACAACCGGGGAUGUUUGACAGAAGCAAACUGGUGAUUCGCUCUCAGAACAACUUCUGUUGCUCCCGGGACUCCACCGCCCACUCGUCGUACCUCAGAGGAGAUGCUUUUGGGUCACCAUCCAGCCAGACUCUGCAGCAUUUGCCCAUGACAGGACUACUAGACGUCUCCCGGACUCACCGGCACCAUGACCUUUUUGGGCUUUACAGCCACCCAUCAACACCACAUUAUGUGUCCAAGUGAUUCUUCGCUUAGAAAAAAAACGGUUGCACAAUGUUGUCAGGUUUUCAUGGGAAUUUGAAUUGUGUUCGGCUCUUGAGAGUCAACGUGCCUAAUCAAGUACUUUAAAGGUUGAAAGUGCGCAGGGACCAUUUCAGCACAGCGUUUGUUGAUGAGCAAAUAAAAGAAAUGUGUGGCCUUUUAUUGUGUUUGUCAUUUACAUUUUCU